GACAUCAUGUCCUCAAGUGUUUCUGUUGUGCAAAAUAGCGAAUUCCAUGAAAAAAUAACACAAAAAGCAGUUUUGUUUACAGUUAUUAUGUUGUUAUGGUGAACUAAGGGGCGAGUUUAUGAAUGUUUCAUCCAGUAUUCAUUUCGUCAGUAUAUUUGAUGUUGCAUAUGCUGUCUACAGGCAGUUUAUCUAAUAAUUAUUUACUUUGUUUUAUUACUGAUCAUUAGUUAUUUUAUACUAAUUAUUUAAAUGCAACUUAUUUUCAUGUCAAUAUUGAGUUGGAAUGAAACGCAGUAGCAUGGUUUGGCCACAAGGUGGAGUAAUACUACCUUAAAUAGAACUAAGACAGGAACCAUAUGUGAACAGCCUAAUCUGAUACCUUAAUCCAUAAUCAGUUGUUUGCUUCAGUCUUAAAAGUAUUACGUAUUUUUCAUGUUAAUGUUCAGCGAGGAAAGCUGUUUGAUCGUGUUUCCAGAUGAAAACGUGGAAGAGACAUCUAUAUUGUAUUUGUUGCUACCCUGCUGUGUGAAAAUGCAAAAGGCUGUGUUGCUCCACCUUAAUCAAAAUGAGUUCCUGUUCCUUUAAGAUCUCUCCAAAAUUCAGCCCAGUGACGUUGCUUUUGGCAUAUUCCAUACUUAGAGAGGGUCCAGUGGCAAAGUGGGGAAUCUCCUACUGUAAGAGCUGUUGUGUUCCAGGUGUUGAGCCAAAGCAGACCUUUUUUUCUACCAUGAACACAGAGAAACAUCCUGAAUUUAAUUCCCUAGAGGGGGAUAGGAUGACCGUUCACAGUGGUGAGACAGACGUGAAGCCACAGAAGGAAGAAGAAGAAGAGAGGGAAGACAACUCCUGCCACAGCACUGCAAUGGAGUGUACUGAAGAUGUGAAAUCAGUGAAAACAGAGGCAGAGGAGAUGGAAGCCAAUGAGCAGUACAUCAAGACAGAAGAAGACAGAGAGAACGCGCCAAAAGAGGAAGCAGAGGGGGCCAGUGAGGAUGGGAUGGAGGAAGGGUUCGAUGAAGAGAGGACAGAGGACGAUGAAGAUGAGGAGAGGGAUGGGGAGGGGGAUGAAGAGGGAGAAGCCCUGAAUGAACCACAGGACCUGUCCCUGGUAGAUUACACCCGCUACGAGAGCUCAGCAGCGGCAGCAGGGACCUACAUGUCUGGAAGUGCGGCCCCUCGCAGCCAGCCUGCAGGCAAGCUCAACUGUGACAUCUGUGGCUUGUCCUGCGUCAGCAUCAACGUACUGCUGGUGCACAAGCGCAGCCACACUGGCGAGAGGCCAUUCCACUGCAACCAGUGUGGGGCCUCCUUCACCCAGAAGGGAAACCUGCUCCGCCACAUCAAACUACACUCCGGGGAGAAGCCUUUCAAAUGCCCCAUAUGCAGCUAUGCCUGCCGUCGACGUGAUGCCUUAAGUGGGCACCUGCGCACCCACUCUGUAGAGAAGCCCUUCAAGUGCAACCACUGCGGUCGCAGCUACAAACAGCGCAGCUCCCUCGAAGAGCACAGAGAGAGGUGCCAUGUAUACAUUCAAAGCAAAGGUCCCACUGAGAGAGAGGACGGCCACACAUCCAGGACUCAGAUGGGCACUGAGCGUGCUCUGCUUCUGGACAGGCUGGCCAGCAACGUAGCCAAACGGAAGAGUUCAAUGCCACAAAAGUUCACCGGGGACAAUGGUGUGUGUCUGGAUCUGAGCUUUAACAGGGAGCUUAUCCACCGAGCUGACGUUAUGGACCCCCCACCGGGCUCCCCGGGGCCUGACACCCACCAUCGGCAACAGCCCAUUCUCGCAGGCCCAGACAGUGAGGCAGCUCCCUCCCACAGGUCCUACACCAUCCCCUUAACCCGAAGUGACAUCAGUCCCGUGGCCCUUACCAACGGCCACAAGCUGGGCCUGCCGCCCCCGGGUGUUCCUCACACCGCCCCUGCACCCCAGGGACACCUCAGCAUGGAGUCAUUCCACUCUGACAGCUCCCAGCUCUCCCAACCCCUCAUAUACAGCUUAGGGCACCUGCUUGGGGGGCCAAAUAAUCAGAAUGGGCUCCCACACCCCCACGCCCAAGCCAUCCCGCUGCCGCCCCUGAGGGCUGAUGGAGAGGCGGGGGUGGUGCCGGGGGCGGUGUAUCCCUGUGGCCACUGCAGGGUGAUCUUCCUGGACUAUGUCAUGUUCACCAUCCACAUGGGAUGCCACGGCUUCCGGGACCCAUUGGAGUGCAACGUGUGCGGCCACCGCAGUCAGGACCGCUAUGAGUUUUCCUCCCACAUAGCCCGUGGCGAGCACCGGCUCGAACUGAAGUAGCAUUGAUCUGGACGCUCACGUGCUUGCACAUGCAUACA